AUGCAUGUUUCGGACGAAGAGCCGGACAUCUCGGUUGGGUACCAAGAGGCCUAUGCCUAUAGUGAUGGCGAAGACAUGCAUGACUUCGAAAGCGAUGAAGACGAAGAUGUUGAUGAGUAUGAGGAGCCACCGACUCGAAGUCCAAGCCCGGCACCUUCUACGGACAGUGCAAGAUCCUAUCGUGAAGCUGGUGUAACUACGGAAUAUCAUUUAUAUAUUGACGGAAAGCCUUGUGAUGCUGACGGAAAGUAUCUACCUAAAGAUGCCCCUCCUGCGGCCCGUCCUACUCCUGCCACUGAUGACUGGACACCGUAUCAAACUCAAGUAGAGUUUGAACUCGCCGAGUUUCUUUAUACUCGUGAGCAGAUGUCAGCGGGUAAUAUCGAUCAGCUUCUCGACCUAUGGGCUGCAACUCUUCUUCCACAUGGCGAUGAACCUCCAUUUGCAGAUGCGAAGGACCUCUAUGAGACGAUUCAUGCGACGAAGCAUGGCGAUGUCCGGUGGCAGUCAUUCAACAUGAGUUACCAGGGCGAGUUGCCUGCAGGUAAUGUUCCACCCUGGAUGACAGCUGAAUACGAUGUCUGGUUCCGAGACCCACAUACCGUCGCACAAAACAUGCUAGCCAAUCCGGACUUUGACAGCGAGAUGGAUUAUGGCCCACUACGUGAGUUCAAUGAUGGCGAGCGCCAGUUGAAGAAUUUCAUGGGAGGAGACUGGGCAUGGAAACAGGCAGAUAUAAUCUCCAAGGACCCUGAUACACAUGGUGCUGCCUUUGUUCCUAUCGUGCUCGGCAGCGAUAAAACAACGGUGUCUGUUGCAACUGGACAGAACGAGUACUACCCGCUAUAUAUGGGCAUCGGCAAUACUCAUAAUCAUGUAAGGCGGGCGCAUCGCAAUGCAAUUGUAUUGAUCGGCUUCCUCGCAAUACCGAAAACCGAUCGGAAGUAUGCUGAUGACGUGAAGUUUCGCAAGUUUCGUCGUCAACUUUUCCAUUCCUCUCUCGCCAGAAUUCUAGAGUCACUGAAGCCGGGUAUGACAACACCGGAGGUUACACGUUGCGCCGAUGGUCAUUUUAGACGGGUCAUCUAUGGGCUCGGGCCGUAUAUUGCAGACUAUCCGGAACAAGCACUCUUAGCGUGCAUCGUUCAAGGCUGGUGCCCAAAGUGCACUGCGAAGAACACAGAUCUUGAUGGUGACGGUGCCGGACGUCGUUCGUCUCAGCAUACAGAAUUACUUGUUGAAAACCUCGAGCUAGGUAUCCUAUGGGAUGAGUAUGGCCUUGUCGGUGAUAUUGUGCCCUUUACCAACGAUUUUCCUCGCGCCGACAUCCAUGAACUCCUCUCGCCCGAUCUUCUGCAUCAGCUGAUCAAAGGGACCUUCAAGGACCAUCUCGUUGACUGGGUUGAACAAUAUCUCAUUGUUACUCAUGGGAAGAGAAGAGCUAAGGAGAUCUUAGCAGAUAUUGAUCUCCGGAUUGCUGCUGUUCCGGCAUUCUCCGGGCUGCGACGAUUUCAUGAAGGACGUGGUUUCAAGCAGUGGACCGGAGAUGAUUCGAAGGCUCUUAUGAAGGUCUAUCUCCCUGCAAUCUCGGGUCAUGUUCCCCAAGAUAUGGUCCGCGCCAUCCGCGCGUUUCUUGAGUUUUGUUAUAUUGCACGGCACAAUGUGAUUACGAGCCAGGACCUUGAGAAUUUGGAAGAUGCCUUGAGCCGUUUUCAUCAAUAUCGAACUGUUUUCGAGAAAGCAGGGGUCAAAGUCAGUGGUUUCUCACUCCCUAGACAACAUUCACUCCGGCACUACAAAUUUCUCAUAUGGGAAUUUGCUGCUCCUAAUGGGCUCUGCUCAUCAAUCACCGAAGCAAAGCAUAUUAAAGCGGUCAAAGAACCCUGGAGACGAUCAAGCCGCAAUGAAGCUUUGGGUCAGAUGCUCCUGACCAACCAGGCACUAGAUAAGCUUUCUGCAUCUCGCGUUGAUUUUGCAAGCCGUGGCAUGCUUGAUGUCCCAGCUCUAGCCGCAUCAUACCUUUCACUACAUCCCAUUGAUGAUGCACCGGAUGACACUGCAAAUGAGAAAUCUGCAAACGCAGGUGAGGAUGGAAUUCCAUUUCCAGGACCAACCGUAGAAGGCUAUGUGACAAUGGCGGUUACAAAACAGCGGAAGCACUCUCGAAACCUCCAUUAUCUUGCCGUGGAAGUGAAUCAACCAGACUUACCGACCCUGGUUAGGCGUUAUCUAUACAGGCAACUCAAUCCAUAUAGUGCACUCCCGAUAUGCGACAUACCACUUGAUCUUUGUCCAGUUUUCAAUGCAAAACCCAAGGUCUAUGUCCAUUACUCUGCGGCUGCAGUCUACUAUGCUCCAAGUGAUCCGUCUGGCAUUGGAGGAAUGCGCCAAGAACACAUCCGAGCAACGCCAACUUGGCGUAGGAAGCAUCCGCGCUUCGACUGUAUAUUUGUGAAGUCAGCACCUAGAAAUGAUCGGAUUAUCGUAAGCGCUGUUGACCCUUGUAUUGCCCGUGUUCUCCUUUUCUUCUCAUUCACGUACGAUGGAAAACGACAUCAAUGUGCACUCGUCCGAUGGUUCGAAUGCAUUGGUGAUCAAGCUGACGAUGCCACUGGAAUGUGGAUGGUGAAGCCUGCCGUAACUGCGGAAGGAUCACCUUCCACUGCUGUCAUUCGUCUCGACUACAUCCUCCGCUCGGCACAUCUAAUUCCGGUCUUUGGCGAAGGAACUAUUCCUCUGAACUUGCACGAACAUCAUUCUCUCGACGCUUUCCACACAUUCUAUGUCAACAAGUUUGCCGACCAUCACGCUUUCGAGCUAUUGAGUUGA